AAGCAGGGCUGGACCUGGGCUCGUUAUAAACAUGGCCGUUAGACCGUCCAGCAGCAUCAGGUCCUGCGUUACACUGAGUUACUGAAGACAUUCAGGAAGUCCCGGAGGGAAACUACGACAGGAACAGGUGGAAAGAAGAUGUAGACACACAACGGAAGCCUCUAAAGUACUUUCAUAGUGUUAUAUCCGGCUUUUAUAAACUUAAUGUAGUACUUUAUGACAGCUAGAUAGCUAACCGAGCUAACGCCGACGUCUCAACGGUUUAACUUCUGUCAACUCCUCUUCAGCAGCUGCAGCAGCUCUCAGACUAAUCUGCUACGUGACUGCGGCUCGACAUGGAGGAGAGCUCGGCCAGGCUGUCUCCAUGAAUAUUUCACACACAGACGUGUCGGAUUAACUCAGCUAAAGGGCUGAUCUAAACUUUAUAUUGAAGGCUCCUUUUGGGUUUGUUUUUUUCCACUGGCACCUCAGGAGCACAUCGCUGAGAGGCGGACAUAAACAAUGUUUUCUUCCAAACCCACGAAACCAACCUUCAAGAGUUAUCUUCUUCCUGUACAGACUGAUGUGAAGAAAACUAUUGAACCACCUAUUAAAAAGUUGGAGCCCAAGUUACUUCAAGGGGAGAUAGUAGUUAAUGAGGUGAACUUUGUGAGGAAAUGCAUCAGUGCUGAAAGCAGCCAGGAUGACCUUUGGGGGAAGUUGAUAUGCACCAACUUUAAGGUCUCCUUCAUCCCUCAAGAUGCCUCUUCUAAACAGAAGGCCCAUUUGUCCCACCUGCUGCUUGGAGAACACGACAUCCCCCUCACCUGUCUGGAGCAGGUAGUAACAGUAAAUGAUACAAAGGGGAAGAAGAAAGUAUUGGGUUCAAACCAGAAGCUGAAGUUCAACCCGACAGAACUCAUCCUCUACUGCAAAGACUUGCGCAUCAUAAGGUUCUGCUUUGACGAGGCCGGGCCUGAGAGUGCCAAAAAGGUUUGCCUUGCCAUUGCGCAUUAUUCCCAUCCAGCUGAUCUUCAACUGCUGUUUGGCUUUGAGUUUCAAGGGCGGCGAUACCAUGAAUCUAAAGGGCAGCGAGUUAAUGGCUCCAACCCUCGAGCAGGAUUACGGACCCCCAUUUUUGACCGUCCAUCAGACUGGGAUCGGGAGAUCAAGAGAACCGGGGCAUCAGAGUGGAGAGUGUGCUCCAUCAACGAGAGUUAUGCCAUCUCACAAAGUCUUCCAGAGUACAUUGUGGUCCCAGUUUCUCUGGCAGAUCAGGAUCUGAAGCAGCACUACAUAUUCUUCACUGAUCAGCGUAUCCCCCACUGGUGCUGGAAUCACCCAAAUGGAAGUGCUCUUGUCCGCGUGGCCAGCGUAAAUGAUCCAUUGCAGCAGAAGAAGAUUGAUCAGAGAGUCUUCCCCGCCAUCACAAAAAGCCACCCACAGCGCAGUGAAGUCGUCAAGUCAGAUCUAGACAAAUGUCUCCCCAACAUCCAGGACAUCCAGAGUGCCUUUGUUAAAGUCAGGCAGAUCUGCGUCGUAGAUCCUUUCGAGGAGUCCGAGGAGAGGUGGCUCACAUCUAUUGAAAACACACGAUGGCUGGAGUUCGUCAGGGCUUUCCUGAAACACUCAGCUGAGAUCGUGUACCAACUGGAUGGAAAGAAUACUUCAGUCAUUCUUCAAGAGGAGGAAGACCGAGACCUGAACUGUGUAGUGUCCUCCUUGGUGCAGCUCAUGUUGGACCCUCAUUAUCGCUGCCUCGUUGGCUUUCAGAGUUUGGUGCAGAAGGAGUGGGUGAUGGCUGGCCAUCGCUUCUUGGACAGAUGCAACCACUUAAAGAAGAAUGACAAAGUGGAGUCCCCGCUGUUCAUGCUGUUCCUGGACUGCGUGUGGCAGAUGAUGAACCAGUACCCAGCAGCGUUCGAGUUCACAGAGGCCUAUCUGACAGUACUGAGUGACAGCAUGUGGAUCCCACUCUUCAGUACUUUCCUCUUCAAUUCUUCCAAACAGCGAGCUCAGCACUUGAUGGACUUUGCCAAGAAUAAAGCCAUCCCUCAAGGAGAAGACCAGGUUGUGUUUUUCCCUCCUGUUUGGGACUGGUCACAGCAGUUCUCCACCAAAGACCAAACCCUCUUUAACAACCCCAUGUACGUAGGCAAAGGAGCGGCCUGCGUGCAGAAUGGAGAAGUGAAAACCUUCAGACGCACAAAGCAGAAAACCUACAGUUCCACAUUGCGAGGAACGUCUGCAUCUAUGCGCAAUGGAAUGAAGGGUGGAGAGGAUACACUGACCCGACGGGGCUCUCUGGUGUCCGAGCUGAGGCCUGAGUUCUCACCGGUAAAAGCCGAAAGCCCGGCAGAGCGCUUCUUCAGAGACUGGUUCUCUCGACCUGUUGACCAGCAGGGCCUUCUGAUUCCCCUGCUCGCGCCGUCGCACGUGGCUCUCUGGAAGCUCUACUUUCUACGCUGGGUCCCUGAAGCCUGCAUUCCCAAAGGAGGCCCCGUCACCGCCUUCCACAAGCUCUCCCAACUGGUCGAUGAAAUUGAGAUACUACAGAGCCAGCUCAGGCAGUACAAGGGACCCAGUCCAGGCAGCACGCCACUCCCCAGUUCAAGUGGGCCCCUCUCAGACCAAAGGAGGAUGUAUUUUAAGGCCAGUUCCCCACAUGACCCCCCUACAUCUCCAGACUUCCUUACCUCCUCCUUUCCUUUCACCCCAAUGGGAAACCUGUGUCGCCGCAGCACCCAUGGGACCCCCAUUAGCAAAUUUCUGAACGGGGCGAGGAUCUGGCUCUCUACAGAGACUCUUGAUAAUGACACUGUCUGAAAACGUGGGUCUUUAGGGCUCACUUCUCUGAGCUCAGUGCAGGUUUGUGUAACAGUUUGAUCAUCUUAUUUUCUAUUGCCUCUUUCUUAAAUACCAAGAAGGAAAAUGAGAAAUAGGAAAAAAUAGCUUUGGACUUCUGAAUUUAAUUAUUUAUAAGCUAGAAUUUGCACCGUUGAUGCUGCAUCGAAAUCUGAGGUAAUUUCUAAACUCUGUCCUCUGUAUGACUGAAUCAUUAUUGUCCAUUACAGUUGAGGAAUUAAAGCACAUCGUCCUUAUUGGCCAGUGAGAUGUUACUGUGAGGUUUUCUCUGACUGUGAAAGAUCAUCAUACUUAAUUCAUUUUUAUAAUGGAUUUAGCUAAGAUAACUGCUCUUUUUUGCUGAGCGUACUGUAUGAUCUACACAAAGAAGGUUUUUGGAGAUUUGAAUAUUGAGUUGAGAGCUUCCUCUCCAAGAUUGACCUUUUUAAUGCACAUUUUAAGGCAAUAAUUGAAAUUUAACUAAGUAUGUGUGUAGCAAUGCCAUCAGUUUAGUUGUCCUUUUGUCAAAUUCUUGUUGGUCAGUAAGACUUCACUGUAACGGAAAUGAAAAAUGUAAUCCGAAUAGCAAUGCUUGAAAUUAGAAAAUGCCUAUUUUUACUGCAGCAGCAAUGAUGCAUUUCACUGAACACUGAUUUCCAAGUACUCAAUUUGUUUUUACCUUCCAGGAAAAGUAAUUGACAAUAUAAUAUUUUUUUAUUCUAAUCAGAAAGAGGAACAGAAAAUAACACUGCUAACAAGUAUUUUACUGUGUGGUUAGUAACAAAGAGGAUCUGGCCUGGUUGAAUGUAAUGGGGCGUUUUUGUUUUUCUCUCUUUGCACAAACUUAAUGCUAUUUGCUCCAAGUGCCCAUAUUUUAAUGGUUGUGUUGAGGUUAUACUGUAAGCAGCAAAUCGUGUGAUUUCAGGGUCUUUCUUUGUAGAUUUACUCUAUUUUUGAAGCAGAGAAAAGGGCCUAUAUUUUUAGUAUCAUAAAGCAGGUGAUACUUAGUCGGCAAUGAGGAGCUGUGAGGACUUCAAUCUGUGGUAGAUAUUCCCUCUUCUCUUUUUGAAGGGGUUUUAUUAAGCUUUUAUAGAGGCCUUCUGGUAAGGCACCUAGGAGAAACUGUUCAUAUUAACAGUAGCUGAGUGGGUAAAUAUUUGAAAGCAAAGGGACAUAAUAAGGGCUUUGACUCAAACCACUCUCUAGUUUAGAUGUAGUGAACUUCAGGCACUGAAGUUACUGAUCCAAUGAAACAGAGAGUGAUGGGUCAAUGACAAGUGACAGUUUUAAGGCAGCACAUGAGAAAAUAUCAGCAAUAAAUCAUCUGGACAGCAAGUGUCAUAAAUACACCAUGUGUGUCAUUUUGAUAUUUCAGAAUAAAAUGACAAUAAAGGUCAGUUGUCAGCUAUAAAGUCCACACAGGCUGCUUAAAGAAAAGCCUGAUGUUUGUACAAAGAGAAAUGUUUAACAUACUGUAUGUAGCUAUAACAAUACUUGUGUUUUUAUUAACAUUUGUGCUUGUUUUUUUUUUCAGAUAAUGCUACUCUCCAUAGAGGAAUAAUGUUAAAGAAAACAAGCAGUGAAGUUACUGUACUUCCAGUUAGGAUAGUGAUGGAGAGUUAAGAUGUUAACAGGUUUUUAUGGUGCAAUCAGAACAUUUUCUAGAAAGCUAAACUUCCAAGUGUGCUGUAAAGACUUUUGUCAUUUGGAGACCCUUAACGAUGUCUUGCCUGGGAAGUUUACUACUGCUGAACUAGAGUGUGGUUUCAGACACAUACGUGCCCAUUUAAAACUGGUGAGCAACUAACACUGUGUAAUAUCCUGAUGUCUUUAAUAACAAUACAGCAUUUAAUAUCAAAGCCCUUUCUAAUUUAAAAGAGCACUGGACAGACUCAACAUCUGUCCUCUUACACAGGAGCAUCCAUCCUUAGAUGCUAGUUUGACCAGUUUCCAAUGAUAUUCAAAUAAACUCGUGAUUCUUUGGCAAUAACUAGAUCAGGUGUUUUUUGAUAUAGAGAUGUGUGUAGUGUGAGUGCAGAACCUGCUCUCCCAAAUGCUAUUAAUUGCACAUUUUACUCGAUAUAUAGGACAGUUUGUUUGAAGGUGGUUGUUGGAUAUAAUUUUGGCAGAUAUUAUAAAUACUGUAUAUGCUUGAAAUCUUCCAAUUCAUAUUUUUGAUUAAUGGUACUAAAUAACCUUUAUCCUUGAUUUAGUCUUUAUAUUGUCUGGAGAGAUAUUUAUAUGCUGUGCUUUUCCACUAAUACACGAUGUUGCACUCUGCUGUAAUUGCAUGAUGACCGUGCUUCCACUGUGGCACAGUUUGAUAUUGAUGAGCGGCAGAUGUAUUUAUUCAGUUAUGCAAAUGUUCUCUAAUCGGGAUGCAAGUGCUACUGUACAUCCCCUGUGCCUUUUUGGGAAGAUUGACCAUUUUUGUAACUAUAUUCUAAAUCUGUUGACUUAUUUUAGUUUUCUAAAACUGUUGAUUUAUCAAUCUAGUUAAACUCAGUGGUACUGCACUGAAGCUGUUUUUUUUCCUAACAGAAAAUAAGGCUCAAAUGUGUACCAGUAACCAAUCAUUACAUUAUUUUUCAAAUGAA